AACAUGUCAAUGUCAACUUGACAGAAUAAGCAACAUAAAUGAGAAAAACAUAACCUUAAAAAACAUUUAUCAAGAAUAGAAUUUAUUAAUUUUUGUUUAUUAAUUAAUUUAGUAGUAAAAUUUGUAUUAAAAAUGGAUAAAGAAGACGUAGAAAAAUCAAUUGAUAAUGUUUCAUCAACGGAAAAAGAGAUAGCGCAAAACGUAUUAAGUGAAUUUAAUAAGGAUAAUUAUGCCAGUUCUUAUCAACAUAUUAGUAAACUAGAAGAUAGAAUUGACUAUGAUUUUAAAGUGGCACAUAACAAGAUUGUUUUGGAGUAUUACAAAAGUGAUUUAAAAAAAUUGGAUGUCUUUCAAAAAAGUUUACUUGCUUUAUUCAAUAAGUUCCAUUUAAAACUAGAAAAGCUUGACGAUGUUGAUCAUUGUGCUUUGCAUUACAAUCAAGCUUUGUUAUUAUAUCAUCAAAGACAAUAUUCAGCAGCUUUAAGAAUCAUGGAUCGUGUUUAUAAAUUUAUUGAACCAAUGGAUGAUAUUUUAUCGAAACAAGCUGGUUUACUUAUGAUAGAAUUACAGUUGUGUAUUAAACAACCAGAGAAAGCUUUAUCAUUUAUAACUUACCUUCAAAAUCAAUGUGUGAAUGGAAAUACUUCAAAUAUUAAACUUUUAUCAAAAACAAUCACAAAUACAUUGAGUGAAAAAGAAGAAAUUAAGGAAAAACAAGAAAAGCCUGUAGCUAUUAAUACUCCAUUAACACCCGCUGCUGAAAUAUUUUUGAAAAAACUAGUUAAAUAUCGUGCAAUGUGUUAUUUAAUGAACCAUUCGUUAAGGUUGGCUAAAAAAGAAAUCCAAGAAUUCGGAAAUCAAGGUAAAAUGAACGUUGAUUAUUUAUUACUACAAGCGAAUUUUGAAUACAUGACUGGAAGUUAUCAAGAAUCUAUGAAAAUUUUAUCUUCUAUACCAGAAAAUGCUUUACAGUACAACGAACACGGUGAAUCAUCAACAGUUAUAUUUUACAAUAACAUGGGUGUGAUUCAUCAUUCUUUAGGAAAACCGAAUCUUGCUGCACAUUAUUUUCAAUUAGCUUUAAAAGAAGAUAACGCAAUAACACCAAAAGACCUAACUGAUAAGCAAUUAUAUACAAUUGGCGGCUCAAAAUAUCAUGAAAUUAUGUAUAAUUUAGGCAUAUCUCUUUUAUACGCAAGAAAACCAGUACAAGCUUUUGAAUGCUUAGUUGUAGCGGUAAGAAGAUACCAUAGAAAUUCAAGAUUAUGGCUUAGAUUAGCCGAGUGUUGUAUAAUGACUCAUAAAGAAUCGAAUGAACUUGAUUUUGAUUUGUCUAAAAAGCGAGAUGAGUAUGUGGUUGAAACUAUAGGUAAAGGAGGGAAUCGAAGGGUGGUAUUAAAUACGAAUUUAUCAAAAGAUAAGAAAUAUAGUACAGAAAGUCAAUCGUAUGCCGUUCCUGUUCCAACUUUAGAAUUUGCGAUUUUAUGUCUUAGAAAUGCUGAAGAACUCCUUCCUUCAGAUACAGCUGUACCUGUCCCAUUAUUAUUAAUACCUGGGGUUACUCCACCAAUGCCUCCCCCAAGUCCUGGACCAGCACCAUCUAAUACACUUUGUCCAGAUGAUCUUAUUUCGUUGCGAAAUUCGAUUUAUAUUACAACUGCUUAUGUUUCUCUUUGCAUAGGAGAUUAUAUUGUAACGUUGGAAAAUACUAAUAAUUUAUUAGAACAACCUCGAAAAUCUGGGAUUCAUGUACUUUUAGCUCAUUUAUAUGCGGCGGAAGCAUAUAUAUUUUUAGAUAAACUAACUGAUGCUAUUGAGCAUUUAAAUCCAGAAACAAUAAAAGAUAUAUCUCAUGAAUUACCAUCUGAACCACCAACCGGCGAGGAAGACAUUCUUUUGAAAACAAACCCACCAUUUAGAUGGUUUCCAUCAACAACAGCAAGUGCAAUAGCAACAAUGCAGUAUAAUUUAGCUGUUGUAAUGGCUAUAAAGGGGCAGUUAGAUCAAGCAUUGAGUUUAUUGAAACAAAUUUGGCAUUCUAGGAGUCCUAAUUAUAAGGUUCCUGCUCAUAUUAUUAUGUUGGUUUUGUAUAUUGAAUUGAAACUCGGACAUACUGAUAGAGCUAGAAUGUUGAUUAAACAACAUACUAUGUGUGUAACUUAAUUCAAUUUUUAUUAAAUAAUUAUCAUGUUUAAGUAAUUUUCUAUAAUUAAUU